AUGUCCUUCAUUUCUCCCUUCGGCACAUCAACAUCAAAGCCUGGCCAUGGAUCCAUCAUCCUCGAGAUACUUCCUCCAGACAAACCCGUCCUUCGAACCCUGUCCUACCAAUAUCCCCUCAAGCUAGUUGCCCCAGAUCCGUUAGCACCGCCCAAUUAUGGCAAAGAAGUGGAUCACAAUACAACAGCGGCAGUACCCUGCCUCGUUCACACAGUCUUCCUGUUGACCUAUGGUGGAGGAAUAGUUGCUGGAGACAGCAUAGACUUGGAUGUCAAUUUAGACAGUAGUACACGGUUGAUACUGUUGACCCAAGGUUCGACUAAGAUCUUCAAAACCCCUAGUCAAGAACUAGUCUCUCGACAACACAUGAAUAUAUACCUCAAGCAGAGUUCUGCUUUGGUCUAUCUCCCAGAUCCAGUGCAACCCUUUGCCGACACAGCUUUCUCUCAGUCUCAAAUCUAUCACUUGGAGAAAGAACAGGGCAAUCUAUGCGUUUGCGACUGGGUGACGAGUGGUCGUUCAGCACGAGGAGAGAACUGGGACAUAUACGAAUACGGGAGCCGGAACGAGGUGUGGACUGUAGAUGAUGCGGGGAAGAGGAGACUGCUUCUACGAGACAACCUCAUCCUGGACAAGCAUGGAAAGACAGGGAUGCCACUCGCCUCACGUAUGGACCAUUACUCCGUCUUUGGCACGUUGAUCAUUCGUGGCCCAAUCUUCUCGUCGCUGGCCAAGUUCUUUUUGGACGAGUUCGAGGCACUGCCGCGUAUUGGGGGAAGGAAUUGGGGCGACGUGGUGCAGCCUGAGCUUCAAGCACACGAGCAGAGACGACACGACAGGCAACAGAGGGAGAAGAACGAUGGCCUGGUAUGGAGUGCAGCGAAUGUAAGAGGUUCUAUUUUGGUCAAGUUCGCAAGCAGGGAAGUGGAAGGGUCCAGGAACUGGUUGAGGGAUAUGAUCAAGGAAGAAGGGUCGUUGUUGGAUACGUUUGGGGAAAGAGCAAUUCUGUGUUUAAAGUGA